GAGCAGGCUGAACCACGUGCAUACAUUAGAUUUUUUGUUACUUGAAUCAGUUCAACCAGUUCCUCGUGUUUCGUUGAAACACAUCAGAAAUAACCAUGGUCAAGCUAGCCAAGGCAGCAAAUCAACAAGCCCUCAAGAAAAAAGCUCCACCCCCCAAGAAGGUGGAAGAGGAAUCCAGUGAUGAGGACAGCAGUGAAGAGGAAGAAGUGAUCCCUCCGCCAAAAGUUGCAAAGAAGGCAACUCCAGCUAAAGCCACCCCAGUUGUAAAGAACGGUACUGCUGCCAAAAAAGCCGAAAGUAGUGAUGAGGAUGAUGAAGAAGAUGAUGAAGAGUCAUCUGAGGAGGAAGCCCCUCCACCCAAGAAGACACCUGCGAAAGCAACGCCUGCAAAAGCAACACCUGCAAAGAAGGCCGCUAAGCCCACACCAGCUAAGGCUGCCCCAGCAAAGGCAGAGUCCUCAAAUGAUGAUGAUGAGUCAGAAGAGGAGGCCCCACCCCCUAAGAAGGCUACUCCAGCUAAACCUGCUAAAGCAGCAGCCAAGCCAGCAGCUAAACCACAGCCUGCUGAAGAGUCCUCUGAUGAGGAAGAGGAGUCUGAAGAAGAAGCCCCACCCCCCAAAAAGGCUACUCCAGCCAAACCGGCCAAAGCAGCCAAGCCAGCAGUUAAAGCCCAGCCUGCAGAAGAGUCCUCUGACGAAGAUGACGAUGAGGAGGAUGACUCUGAAGAAGAGAUGGACACAACUCCUGCUCCUGCAGCAACAAAGGCCAAGAAAGCAGGCAUGGUAAAAGCUAAAGAAGAGUCGGAAGAGGAGGAUGACGACGAGGAGGAGGAGGAUGAUGAUGAUGAAGAGGAUGAGGAGGAAGAAGAGGCCCCAGCGAAACCUGCAAAAAGGAAGGCCGAGAGCAAAAAGGAGACACCUCCUGCUAAGAAAGCAAAACCAGACGGGGAAGGGUUCUGUUUAUUUGUGGGAAACUUGAACGCCAAUAAAGACUUUGACGAGAUCAAAGCUUCUUUGAAGAAAUUCUUCUCCAAAAACAGCCUAGAAAUCGUUGAUGUCCGGCUAGGGGGAUCAAAGAAAUUCGGCUAUGUUGACUUUGCUUCUGAAGAGGACAUGAACAAAGCGAUGGAACUGAAUGGCAAGAAGGUCAUGGGUCAGGAGCUGAAGCUGGACAAGGCCCGCAGCAAAGAGAGCUCCCAAGAUGGCAAGAAAGAGAGAGACACGCGGACUCUUUUUGUGAAAAAUCUCCCCUUCUCCGCAACGGUUGAUGACCUGAGGGAACUGUUUGAAGACGCAGUGGACGUGCGGCUACCCCAGGGCCAGAACGGCUCGAACAGAGGCAUCGCCUACAUUGAGUUCAAGACUGAGGCGGAAGCAGAGAAGAUGUUGGAGGAGGCUCAGGGUGCUGACAUCCAGGGAAGAUCCAUCAUGGUCGACUAUGUUGGAGAAAAGAGCCAGAAGGGAGCCAGGAUGUCAGGAGCAGGCUCCACCAACAAAACCCUGGUGGUGAACAAUCUGGCCUUCAGUGCUACAGAGGAAGUGCUGCAGUCCACAUUUGAGAAGGCCGUCUCCGUGAGGAUUCCACAGAGAGACGGCAGGCCCAAAGGUUUUGCCUUUAUUGAGUUUGAGAGCAUGGAGGAUGCCAAGGAAGCUCUGGAAAACUUCAACAACACAGAAAUCGAAGGCAGAUCAAUCCGACUGGAGUACAGCCAGAACAGCGGCGCGAGAGACGGGGGCCGGGGGAACUCGGGUCCAACAAAGACCCUCUUUGUCAAAGGCCUCUCCGAGGACACGACGGAUCAGAGCCUGAAGGAGUCCUUCGAGACCGCCGUCGCUGCCCGGAUAGUCACAGACAGAGACACGGGCUCUUCUAAGUGCUUCGGCUUCGUGGACUUUGACAACGAAGACGACUGCAAGGCCGCCAAAGAGGCGAUGGAGGACGGCGAGAUCGACGGCAGCAGGGUGACCCUGGAUUACGCCAAGCCCAAGGGCGAGGGCGGCUUCCGCGGGGGCAGAGGCGGCGGCGGAGGAGGAUUUGGCUUUGGAGGCCGUGGAGGUUUCAGGGGAGGCCGUGGAGGCGGCGGCAGAGGGGGAGGAAGGGGAGGUCCUCGUGGUGGUGGACGCGGCGGCGGAUUCGGUGGCCGUGGAGGUGGAAGAGGGGGAGGAUUUGGAGCGAAACCCCAGGGGAAGAAGAUCAAGUUUGACGACUAAAGUCUUUUAAAUUUUGAAUGGACUCUGGUUUCAUCAAUCUUCAGAGCUUUUGGACAUUCCAGAAAGCAUCAUUGGUAUAUAUAUUUAACUGUAAACAGGCAUUUUUAGCCCUGUAUUUAGACCCCUCGUACCGACUACGCCCCCCCUGUGCCAGAAUGGUACCCUGACCUUCUCAGCUUCAGUGCUAAGUGUGAAAACCGAAUGUCCUGAACGGAAGCCUGCACCUCUCGCCCUCCUCAACUGUCUUUUUUUCCGAAGGAGUAAAAUGGAAUGGGUCUGGCAAGCAAGCGUCCUGUGAAAAAUGUGCUUGCCUUGUCGGAUGCAUUGUGUAAAUGUAAACAGUUUGUAUGAUUUUCAUUUUACCUUUUGUAAAAAAACAAAAUGAAACAAAUGAUUACACUUGUAUCCAUGUUUUAUUUUGUCGUUUAAGUUUCUUUAGAAGUUUUACUGUGCAAAUUCAUAUUUUGGUAGUCCUCUUCGCUUUGGAUGUUUAUAAUGGUUGUCUGAUGGAGCCGAGUUGGUUGGGUCAUUGAUGAAAGACAUGUAACAUAAAAUGUUUGUAGUGCAUCGACUAAAUCUUUCGUUGGUUCCCCCCAUCUCAGAUUUUUCACAUCAUGAAAUAAACCAUUGUACGUGA